ACACAUAAACAUGGUUCGAUUGUCAUCAUGUAUGGCGAACAAUAUUUAAGUUGUUGUUUAUGUGUUUAACCCAAUUGUGCGCGAUGUGUGUGUGUUCAUUCUCAUAGUGAAAAGAAAAUGAUAUGAAGUAUUAGUGUUAUGCAGUGAUAAAUCUGUGGUUCGAGUUAAGAGCGGUCAGCGCUGAUGACCCAGUGUUUACAAGAUAAAUAUGGGCAGAGAGAUUGGAAUAAUAAGAUAGUUCUGACUUCAUUUCAGCCAAGGUAUGGGGCUACCAAACAGUGAGACAACUGAGCCAACCACAGCCUUGGUGAGACGUAUUGGUUCUGCUGUGUUGUAUGGAGCGUGUUCCUUUCUAAUAACCGUGGUAAACAAGACUGUAUUGACAACUUAUGGAUUUCCUUCUGCUCAAGUUCUUGGUCUGGGUCAGAUGGCUGCUACCGUAGCAGUACUCAUUGUUGCACGGAGCAUCAAUGUGCUAUCUUUCCCUCCAUUUGAUAGAGGCAUCUUUCGUAAACUAUGGCCACUGCCCCUAAUUUACAUGGGAAAUGUUGUCUUUGGGCUCUAUGGGACAAAACAACUUUCCUUGCCAAUGCUUACAGUUCUGCGACGUUUUUCGAUUCUGAUGACAAUGGUAGGUGAAUUUUAUUUGCUGGGUGUUAGACCAACUACAGCUGUCCAAAUAUCUGUUUAUACAAUGAUCCUUGGUGCAAUAAUUGCUGCAAGCAAUGAUCUAGCCUUCAGUGCAGAAGGCUACGUAUCAGUUUUGCUGAAUGACUUCUUCACUGCAGCAAAUGGUGUUGUUGUGAAACAAAAGCUGGAUGCAGCAGAGCUUGGAAAGUAUGGACUAAUGUUUUAUAAUUCACUGUUCAUGUUACCACCUGCCACUGUGUUUGCAUGGGCCACAGGGGAACUGGACAGGGCCAUUGCAUUUUCUGAUUGGGAUCAGCCACUUUUUUUGGUGCAGUUUGCUGCCUCGUGUGUGAUGGGCUUUGUGUUGACUUAUUCUGUUAUGCUUUGCACCAUGUACAAUUCAGCAUUGACAACUACAGUUAUAGGAUGCCUCAAGAAUGUGUGUAUUACUUAUCUAGGUAUGGUGAUUGGUGGAGACUAUAUAUUUUCUUGGCUGAAUUUCAUAGGCAUCAACGUCAGUGUUAUUGGAAGUCUUGUGUACACCUGGGUGACAUUUAGAAGAAAACCAAGACAAGAGCCAAAGUCAAAUGCUGCUGUCACAACAGUUGUAUGAUGAAGACUAAAGUGGUGGUAUUCUCAGUGACAGUAUGCAUCUUACAAUACUACUGAAACUGUGAUUUCACUUGACUUGUGUAUGUGUGUAACUGCAACUGAACAUGUGAAAAAGAUCUCAAAUUUAGUUCUUUUUGCUCAUCUGCGAUUCGAGGUGGUGAUAUGUUUGCUGUGUAGUAUAUCAUAGGUUGAGAAUGGUGAGAGAAUGCAGAAAAAAGUGCACAUUAAUUCCAGUACAUCAAACUAAACUCUACCUGGUACUUCAUACAAGAGGGCAAUGAUCACAGCAUUGACAAAUUUUUAUGCAAUGCUACAUAAGUGCUUUGAAAAGCUAGUCUGAAAUUCUUCCUAGUGUGGUAUAUUUUUCUAAACAUAAUGAAUGAAGUCAGUAAUUGAGAUUCUAGUAUAUACUGUAAGAAGUUCUUACUUUAACAAAUGUUAAACAGGAUCUGUAAAAUUACCAUGUGUUAAAAUAUUUAUGUAAGCACAUGCAAAAUGAAUGGUGUGUGUGUGUGUGUGUGUGUGUGUGUGUGUGUGUGUGUGUGUGUGUGUCAAAUUUCAGACUCCUGGUUAUGGUCUGAGCUGCAGGAACUAGUUUACAUUAUUGAUGAGGAGAGACUCACGUCGAUCCACAAAAAUACUUGUCA